GAUAGCAGCCAAACGGAACAGAGAGGGUUGUCGUUACUAGUUUAGUUCAUUGUGACGAACCGACGAUUUUGCGGGUUGCAACGCUAUACAGUCGCGGGAAAACUUUAUCGGCAGUUUUGAGUUGGAACGAGGAGGAUCUAAAGCGGCACAGAUCGAGCCUUGUUUGCCCCGGCGGGCAAAAAGUGCCACGAGCUGCAACUCGGUUGAGAGAAAGAAGUUUCUGCGGGAAACAUUCCGUUAUUUUCGGCUCGCUGCUUAUGAAUUUGCGCGGUCUGAUUAAAUGCGCCCGGGAAGACUAAAUGGCUGCAAAUGAAGGAAAACAAAGGUGAUAAAGAAGAUAAUUCAUCUUAGCCGGCUUGGUCCAGACAACGGUUGACCCGUGGUUCUGUUUUUAGCCACAUUACAGCCUGCUUCCACCGCCAGCAGCCGAGGUCUCCAUUGUGUGAGCAUCUCUGUGCUAACUGUUCCACUGCCGCCCGACCCCCGGUUUGCUCGCUGCGACCAACCACCUGCCGCCCCAGACAGCUACGACAGCCGGAUUUUUUCAAACUUUUUGAAUCCACGUAUCCAAAAUGUGCUCAAGGCUUUGGUUCGUAACCGACCGGCGUAUCAGCCAGGAGUAUCCCCAAGUCCAGAUCCUCCGGGCUCUGAAGGAGCGCUGUGCCGACGAGGAUGUUGAAUUCCGCUCGCUUCUUAUGGAUCAAAUCGUGCUCACGAUCAGCGAGGGGCAAUUAGGUCUGCGAGUGGAUCAGGAAUUGGUGACCUCUUAUCCACAAGUGGUGGUAGUACGGGUGCCCACGCCAUGGGUGCAGUCAGACAGUGACAUCACCGUGCUGCGCCACCUGGAAAAGAUGGGCUGUCGACUGAUAAACAGGCCACAGGCCAUACUCAACUGUGUCAACAAGUUCUGGACCUUUCAAGAGCUGGCUGGCCACGGGGUGCCUCUUCCUGAUACCUUCUCCUACGGAGGGCAUGAUAACUUCCGUAAGAUGAUUGACGAGGCAGAGCCGCUCGGCUACCCUGUGGUGGUGAAGAAUGCACGUGGCCACAGAGGCAAGGCUGUUUUCCUGGCCAGAGACAAACACCAUCUGACAGACCUAUGCCAUUUGAUCCGCCAUGACACCCCCUACCUGUUUCAGGAGUAUGUAAAGGAGUCGCAUGGCAGGGAUGUGCGGGUCGUCCUGGUCGGUGGACGUGUCAUCGGCUCAAUGCUACGCUGCUCCACUGAUGGCCGUAUGCAGAGCAACUGCUCUUUGGGUGGUGUCGGUAUGAUGUGCCCACUGAGCGAGCAGGGCAAGCAACUGGCCAUAGAGGUGUCCAACAUCCUGGGCAUGGAUGUGUGUGGCAUUGACCUCUUGCAGCUCAAUGAUGGCUCGUUUGUGGUCUGUGAGGCAAAUGCCAACGUGGGCUUCAUUGCCUUCGACCAGGCAUGUGGCAUGGAUGUGGCAGGCAUCGUCGCUGACUUCGCCCUGUCGAUGCUUCCCAGCCGCCUCACCCGUAAGAUGUCUCUGCUGUCUGUUGUGUCGAGCACCAGUGAGACCAGCAGCGAGCCAGAGGUGUGCUCUGUGCCCAACGGUGGUGGCUCCAUACCCGAGGCUGUCUGUAAUAUGAGCGUGGGCUCUACUUCCAGCGAGAGUGACCCAGAGCUGGCCGAGCCCUCUCAGUCCUCGCCCCGCCAGUCCACAGCCCCCAACCUGCCUGAUCUCCCUGACCUCCCUGAUCCAGCCUAUAACUUCAACACCCUCCUCGCUAAUGAGAUCAAGCUAUUGACUGAGUGAGAUUCAAGCAGCUUCAUGCACACACAAAACACAACAGAUACACGACACAUAUACACUUCCCUGUACGCAUGAUGACAGACAUUCCUUUUAAAAACACAUAUCAGAGCAGAAACUUUUAGAUAAAGGAUGUUAAAUGCAAAACACGAGCAGAGAAACACACAACCACAAAAGUAGAAACACCAAAACAUGAGCCUUCUCCUACGUAUUAGAUUAAAAAAUGUCAAGAUCUGAGGCUGCUCCCCUGAUUCUCCUCGCUUUGCACCUCUACUUCAAAAUUGCAGUCAGCACUAUCUUAACUUAGCUACACUGCAGCAUGUUGUCAAGUGUAGACUACAAUACGCAAGACCUCUGCCAAACCAGCCCUCUGUUUUAUGUGGGUGUGUGGGUUUUCCAUAAAGUCUAAAACCUGCCAUAUUUUUAUCCUCACAACAUGCUGACAUCAAAAAAACUACAGCAUUACCAAUAAAAUUGUGUUUUCCUGCUGAGAUUGUAGCUAGGCUUAGUGGUUGUUAGGAGGUCAAAUUAUUUUGUUCUCUUUUAAAGCGUUAAGGUCUUUUGGAUAGGAAAACACCCUUGCACCAGGCAGACUGUGAGCUCCAAUUCUGCAAAGAAGUGCAACUAUCAAUCAUGACAACUGAAAGCAGAACAUACUGCAGAAACUCAAGAUGAAGGAAUUUCAUAUUAAAAUAACACCUAGUUAUGUUUGCAUUAAAAACCCAAAAGUUUGCUCAUUGCAUAUACCAACGAGGCAGAUUAAAACAACAUAUUCAUUAUGUUAAGAUAGUUUAACUACAAGUAAACAGCAUGUAAUCUUAAUUGGAUUCACUGAUUCAAAAUAUGGGAAUGAAGUGGUGUUGUCAAAUUAAAUUGAGAAUUAAAAAAAAAUACACCCUGGAUGCUAAAACUUUGUCCAAAACACAUUCUUUGUUCACUGUAAACGAGACAGGCCCAUGGCAAAUCUGCCCUAUCAUUAGCAAAAUAUAAAUAACACAUUUUUGUUUGUUUUAAACAAUCAAAACCUGGAAUAUAAUAAAUAAUUGAGUGCCAUUACUUGAUUUUUUACCUUUACAUUCCUAGCUAGUUUGUAUAGCCUUACCAGCAGCAGCAGCAGCAACAGUCUGCAGCUUUUUAAAAAUUCAUUUAAUAUCUAGCACUUUAUAAUUAACAGAUGCAUUUUGUUUCUCGCUUAAUGACAUAUUUAGAAAACUUUAGACAUAGUUUGAAAGCUGCGUCUACACCUGCGAACAAAAUAUACCUCAGAACAGUGACUUCUCACUGCCAUAGGAUGACUUAGAUAUUCAAACAUACAAAACAUAUCAGCCAGGGUCCUUCGUGGUUCCUCAGCACUCCCUGAUUUACCAGAUGUUCCUUCCCUUUAUGUCUGAGAGCUAAAAAGUUAGUUAUGUAUUAUUUUGUAUUCCUUUUUAGCUUUUCUUUGUAAAUAUUUAGGUAGCCUAUUAGCUUCAGAGAAUACUAGUGUCCAGAUGAUAAAACCGGAAUGGCUGAAAUGACUGCGAGCUUUGAAAUUUUCAUAAGCUAUUGAGAAUGAACAUGUUUGUACACACCUGCAAUAUUGAGAGGUUGAAACUGAAAUUCGGUGCUAACAUUUCUGCAUUUGUUUAGAUGUGAUUUUUCUGUCAGAUAAUUUGUAGAUUUUUCUCAUAGUUUUUGAUUGAAAUGAAAUAUCUUAACCCACAAAAAUAUGUUGGCAUGAUGUACAAAUGAAAAUGGAAACUUUAUUUUUGCAGUCUCUUUGGAUAGAAUGUUACUUUUUCUUUCCUUUGAACACAAAGGAAAUAAUUCCAGGGAUUUCAGCAGCCAAAAGCUUUUUGCUUAUGGUUUUCUUGUUGAUUUAGCUCCCUACACUCUGGACAUAACUGUCAGCUGUCAAGGAGUGGUACACAGGAGUAAAUGUCAUUCACUUAGAAUAAUUUAUAGCUUUGAUCAAAAGCACAAUGUAAACCCAUAAAGUUGUUUCGUGUAAUGGCGUCCACGUUUUUAGGCUCAUGACUCUUCUGUUGAAAGCAUCUCAGGGAAGCAGCCUGGAUCUCACCCCCAAAGGCACUACAUAGCCAUCCGAGCUCGAACAUGUCAAAAACAUAUUUCCACAGGCAGACAAAAAGACCACAAACAACAAAGAAAAAAAGGUUGUAAACUACAGUGUAAGACAAUGUGGUGUAUACCAUGGUUAACAUGCACUUUUUUUCCUUGCUUGUUUUAUAUUGUUCAUUGUUUUCUUCCUAAUUUAUGGUAUUUUUAAGGAAAAAGUGGUUUGUGUGCACUAAUAUUGUCCCAAUAAAGUGAAACCGCUGUGAAGCUUGAUUUACUUCCCUUCUUUGUGGGCCGUUUUUACUAACUGUCCAGAAUCUAACAGGCCUGCUUGGGGGUGCCAUAUGUAAACCCACCAGACAACAGGAAAGGCAGCCUCUAUCUGAACCUGCUGUCAAAUGAUCACAGUGGCUCCACUGAGAGAAUAACACCAUUGACACCUCUGUGAUGUUGUCUGGUAUAAUGAAAGUAUCUGACAAACUGUGAAAUCUGCUGAUGUCUUUUCUCCUGACAUGCAAGGGCCCCUGGGCCUGAUCAUUAAGCCACAUCCCAAUGUUCUCCAGCUGUUGUUGUCCCCUGAUUCUUUAAGUCUUGGUCAUGUAUUAAAGCCUGUCAUUCCACUUUGUGAACAUCAGUGUAGAUCAAAAUCACAUAUCCGUAUAUACAUUAAAAAGCCAGCCAUAGAAAAGAGGGAGAUGUUCAUUUCUCUCUUACGGACCCAUGUUAUUUCAGUCUGUUUUUACAGCACUCAUACAGAGCACAUUUAGCCAUUGAAGGGUAAUAUAACUGCCCUAACAGUGUUCAAAAUGCCUUUUCAUUGUCUGGUUUCUUUUGGAGCAAUGAUGUAAAGAUCAUCAUCAAGCUCCCUGCUCAAGUGGUUUUUCUCUGCUUGGUCUUUAUAGAUCAGUGGCCAUGAUGAAGUGGAUAUUAGGCAUUGAUGCUACUGAAAGAAAGGGGUUCUACAUAUGUAAGCAGGACAAAAUGUUUUGAAAUGAAGUUGUCAAAUGUGUAUUGGACUGUGUAAUGCAUGGCAAGCCUAGAACAAAACUGUAGGGACCUCUGGACUAGUCACUGUGCACAACAACUCAACAGAGCACAAGGUUACUAUUUAAAUCCAAACUGCUGCUAAUGUAUAUUUGGCUCAAAAAUUAAAAAGGGAAUAGGCGGAAAUCCAAGUGUUUCCGUGUUUUACUGCCUCUCAACACAUAAAAAUGAAUCUGAAUGCCAAAAAAAGCAUUUUGUUGUAUAAUUCAGUACUAAUAACACUAGUAGUGAGAAGAUUUUGAAAAGUGAUUCUUUGUUUUGAUAUCAUGAAUAAAUGUUUCAGAACUGUAUAUAAAAUGUAGGAUUUCACUGCAAUCUUCAGGUUCGUUUAGUGUCUUGUGUUUCAAAAUGAACCUGAGGUUUGUGUAAAGGUUUACAAUAUUCUUUGAUUUGCAGAAGGAAAAUGCAAUGUUUGUGCUUUAUUUAAUAAAUUUGGUCCCUGCUGAUGGUGUAGAAAUAUUACAAAUCUUUAACCCUAUCUGCAUAUCAUAAAGAAUCGAAGUAGGAGUAUGAGGACUGCAGGUUACGAGAGAAGCAAAAACAUUGCAUUUACAAAGGGUUAGGAAACGCCCUUUCAUCAUUCUGUUCUGUAUCAUUCCAACAGUGUUAUAAACUGGAUCCCAAACUGAUGUAACUCAAAUGUGCAAAAUGAUGUAAAUAUAUAUCCCCCUUUUUUAGAUGAAU